AAAUGAAUAUCAACAAACUAUAAUACUCAUCACAACUAAAACUGCUACAAUAUUCUGCAAUGGCAUUGCGUAACCUUUUUGUGCUGGGUUUAUUGCUUCUAGUAUGCCUCUCUAAUCUGAUGCAGGUUUCAUCUGAGCAUGAGAUAGAAAUGGAAGAAGAAGAUGAAGAAGAACUUCAGCUACCUAAUGAGUUGCUCACUGUGCGAGACGGCAACAGAAGGCUAAUGCAAGACAUAGAUUGUGGAGGAUUGUGCAGUUCGAGAUGCAGUGUACAUUCAAGGCCAAACUUGUGUAACAGAGCAUGUGGAACUUGUUGUGUGAGGUGCAAGUGUGUUCCACCUGGUACUUCUGGUAACAGGGAGCUUUGUGGAGCUUGUUACACUGAUAUGACAACCCAUGGCAACAAAACCAAGUGCCCUUAGGGCCUUACUUGUUUGUUUGGGAUCUUACUUAGUCUGUGUUUUGGUUUUAAAAAAGAGGUGUUUAUGUUGUUGUUGUUGUAGUGUAGUAUGUUACAUGUUUGUAUUAGUAGGUUUUUAUCUGUUAUGGUAGCUAAGUAUGAAUCAAAUGUAAUGUAUACAAUGUGGUUUUAAGAUUGUUUGAUAUAUAAAAUUGUGCAUUACAUUUC